CGAUGUAAACCGCACCGAGUUCUUGCUCCGGGACCGAGCCUCCCGGGAGAGACUUGCCCCGGGACCUGGUGGAGGGCCCUCUCGCACCGAGGCCAAGGAGAGGUGCUUCCCUGGUUGUGCUGUGGCAGCCUCCUGAAUGUCGGAACCAUAGAGGAUGCCUAUCCGGGCCCACUGUACCAUCUGCUCGGAUUUCUUUGACAAUCACAAGGAUGUGGCAGCUAUCCACUGUGGGCACACCUUCCAUCAGGAGUGUCUCAUCCAGUGGUUUCACACUGCACCGAGUCGGACUUGUCCGCAGUGUAGAAUCCAGGUCAGCAAAAGACACAUCAUCAAUAAGCUGUUCUUUGAUGUUGCCCUGGAGGAGCAGACGUCACUGGAUGCAGAAAGCAUACAGAAUGAACUGGACAAGGUGAAAGCACAGCUCUCCAUGAAAGAGAAGGAGAAGCGAGACUGCCAGUCAAUCAUAGACACACUGAGGGAGACUGUGGAUGUUCACAGCGUCACCAUCGAGUCACUCCAGAAAGCCCUGUGUGAGACAGAGAUGCUGUGUUCCACUCUCAAGAAACAAAUGAAGUACCUGGAGCAGCAGCAGGAAGAAACUAAAGAUGGCAAAGACGAGGAGGCCCGAAGGCUGAGAAAUAAACUGAAAACCAUGGAGAGGAUUGAGAUGCUCCUGCAGAGCCAGCGCCCGGAAGUGGAGGAGAUGAUCCGUGAUAUGGGAAUAGGGCAGCAGCAGUGGAACAGCUUUGCAGUCUACUGCGUCUCACUGAAAAGUAGGGAAUAUGAAAAUCUGAAAGAGGCUCGGAAGGCAUCUAGUGAGAUGACUGAGAAGCUGAAAAAGGAGCUGUUUUCUGCCAAUAAUAAGCGGCAGAAAACAUUCUUGGAGUUGGAGAAGAUGAAAGAGGAGUUAAAAAGCACCCAGAAGGAUCUGAGUAAUGCAGACAAGGAGAUUAUGAGUUUGAAGAAGAAGAUUGGAAUCCUGCAGGAGACUCUGAAGGUGCCGUCUGUAACCAGCGAGACGCUUAGCCGACUGGUCUUUGAAAGCCCUGCUCCUGUGGAACUGCUGAGCCCAAAGCUCCACCGCCCAGCCCAUAGCAACAAGAUGGACCUGGACACCACCUUUGAUGUUGAGAUACCUGAGCAUCAGCCUCACAAGUCAAUCACAACCCCUGCAAAAAAACCCAAGCUGGAUAAAAAGCCGCCUCUUGUGACAAACCUAGCAAAAAAAGUUCUGAAGGAAACAGUGGAGAACUGGGCAGGUGAGCCAGAGGAGGACCCUCUAGAAGAAUUCUUUCCUGCAUUCAUCAGGAACUCGGUUCUUUCCAGGAAGCCACCUGUGGGCAGCCUGCUGGGGCCACACAAGAACUCAGGAGCUGUGAGAAUGGGGUAUGAUGGCUUAGGAGGUAGAACUAAGUUCAUACAGCCCGUAUCCUUCCCCACCAUCUGCGCUGUGGAAAUAAGCGGGCAGGAAUCUCUGCUUUGCUUCCCUCUCAUUUGGGUUUUCCCUUCAGACAAACCCAAUGGAGAUCCGUCCCUUAGCUGUAAAGAGCAGGAAGAGGAAUGUCUCCAGGCCAGCAUCCACAACUGCAGCAGGUUCCUCCUCUGGCACGAGCCAGGCAAAACUGGACAGCUUCCUUCAGUAAACCUGAAGGCUUUCUUGGUCACUUAGAUCUUGCCCUGAUACAAUGGAGCCCUCUUCAAAUUGUGCUGUUUAUAAUGCAUUGGCUAGUGAGAAUGGCUAGUUAGAGAGCUGACC